UGAAUGUAGGUGGGUACCUAGGUACCUAAUUUGGAAGGGUUUUGUCAGUUUCCACCAAUCCUCCUGACAGAUAGCGAAGACUCCAAUGUUGGGAGACAUAAUUGUCUCCCCCAAAAGUGCCAUUACCCAACUGACCUAGAGAUAACCAUCUCAACACCAGUGCAUGGUUAUGAAGUAACGCAGCCAGACCCUCUCGUAUCAGAGAUGGCAUCCACAACGAGUCACUCCGGGGACUUAGCUACCCAGGUCCUCCAAGCCCUCGACCGGUCCUCUCCUCUACUCUCCGCCGAAGCCUUUCCAGUCUCCAGCUUUAUCGAGCUGAAAGCUGCCCUGGAUCGAUUGGCUUCGCGUGAAAUGGCCACUUACGAUACCCUGGAGCGGGAAGAGGUCGUACUGGAACCCGAGGGCGAGCAGAUAGCUGCAAAUGGCAGCCACGAAGCGCGAGUGUUCGAUACACUGCGCUCCGCUGUCGAUGGGCUUACCGUACAGGAUCUGGAGAAGGCCAUCGGCGAUAAGAAUGUUGUCAAGAUUGGCCAGGGUAAGGCCUUCAAGGAGAAGUGGAUUUCCAAGACCAAGGACGGAAAAUUCAAGGCGGCAGUCGACUCGAUACAAGAUGUCACCAGGGAGCAGAUGCAAACGAUAAAAUCCACACGGACAUACCCCGAUGCGAAACUCCUCGCCGAUCUGAAAAAACGUAAGCUUAUCAGGUUGCAAAAGAUCAUCGGGUUCAGGAUUCACAAAGGCGCCAAAUUUGCGCUCAGGAUCCCCGAGGAGGCCACGGACUUGACAGCCGAUAUGAUCACGUCAGGCUCUUGGAAGACGGCCACUUUCAAACCCUACAACUUCAAGGCUUCGGGGGCAGACCAACGUUCGGGCGCAUUGCACCCGCUCAGUAAAGUCCGCGCGGAGUUCAGACAGAUCUUCUUUGAGAUGGGAUUCGAAGAGAUGCCCACCGACAAGUUCGUUGAGUCUGGGUUCUGGAACUUUGACGCCCUUUUCGUGCCGCAGCAGCACCCCGCGCGUGACCUACAAGAUACUUUCUACAUUUCCGACCCGAAGGUCGCCGAUAUGCCGCGUGCAAGUUCACCUGAGGACAGCAAGGAUUACGACGCCUACUGGGGGAAUGUGAAGGCAGUCCACCAGGAUGGUAAAUACGGCUCGAUAGGCUACCGGUACCCCUGGUCCGGUGACGAGUCGUUGCGGCUUGUGCUGCGUACGCAUACGACGGCCAUUAGCGCGAACAUGCUUCACGGGCUUGCGGCUAAGAAGGGCUCCGAUGGUCGCCCGCCAGCGGCACGCUACUUCUCCAUCGAUAGGGUGUUCCGUAAUGAGAGUGUUGAUGCGACCCACCUUGCAGAAUUUCACCAGGUCGAGGGCGUCAUCGCCGAUACAAACCUAACUCUGGGUGGUCUCAUGGAAUUCAUGGAUAUAUUCUUCGGCAAGAUGGGGUUGAAGAACCUGAAGUAUAAGCCGGCAUAUAACCCCUAUACUGAGCCCAGCAUGGAGAUAUUUUCGUAUCACGAGGGCUUAGGAAAACUCAUCGAGAUCGGGAAUAGUGGCAUGUUUAGGGCCGAGGUGCUAGAGUCGAUGGGGUUCCCGAAGGAGAUGCGCGUCUACGGCUGGGGGCUCUCACUGGAACGGCCAACCAUGAUCAAAUACGGCAUUUCGAAUAUUCGGGAGUUGUUAGGCCAUAAAGUAGACCUGAACUUUGUACAGAACAGCCCAGCCGUGAGGCUAGAUAAAGAUUGAUAGAAAAUGAGACUGAAUGUAGCUCAAUAGUAUUAAAAUACGUCGAAGCACUCCGCGCUUCUCUACGUUUUCGUGUCGAAAAUCUAGGACCUCUCCGAAGGUUAGGGGAAAAGGGGUAAGUAG